AUAGUUAUUAAAAUAGAGGGAGUUAAGUGACAGUAGAGGGGAAGAAGGAAAGAAAGAUGAGCGUGAAGUUGAAUUGCGUGGGUGGUGGCGAGACUCACAACGUCUUCGUUUACGGUAGUCUGUUAGCCGAUGAGGUUGUCCAUACCCUAUUGAAGCGCGUCCCUCCAACCGCACCCGCCAUCCUUCACGACUAUCACAGGUUUAAGAUCAAAGGUCGCGUUUAUCCCGCUAUUCUCCCCGUCCAAAACAACAAAGUUAAUGGCAGGGUGCUUCUUGGUAUCUCCGGAGUAGAACUAGAUAUCUUAGAUGAGUUCGAGGAUGUUGAAUAUACUAGAACUGAUGUUGAGGUUUCCUUGAAGGACAAGUCUGAAAAGUUACAAGUUUGCGCUUAUGUUUGGAGCAACCCAAAUGAUCCUAACUUAAAUGCAGAGUGGGAUUUUGAGGAAUGGAAACAAGUUCACUUGAAUGAUUUCGUCAAGAUGACUGGUGGCUUUAUGCAAGAGUUGGAAUUGCCAGAAUCAAAGCCAAGAGUGCAGACUUAUGAAACCUUCUACAAGCAAGAAAACGAUAAGCCACUUGAACCUUGAUGUUUGCAGUUUGUAAAAAAUUCUGCAUUAUGUGCACUGUGCAGAGUUGUAUGAUUCAAUUAAGAAUCAUACCAUUCACUGUUAAUAAAUAUUAGUUACUCUCAAAUAAUUCAUUUGAUGAUUUAAUAAGCAUCUCAAUGCUAACAAUGACAAGUUUUCAGUAAUAUAUUUAUGUUAUAUUAUUGUAUUAUUA